AAGACUUCGAGCCGAGGGUGAGAGUGCGGCUCUCGGACCUCCUUCACGCGCAUCAGAAGGGGAAGAUCUCGGCGUGGAUCGAUCGUCAGCACCUCAUAAAAUAAUAACAGCCGCGAUAUUAAUAACACAAAAAAGAGACGAUUCCAUAUGCGGAGCGCUGCUAUGUGACUGGAGGACAUCCCUGGCCGUUUACUUUUUAUCAGAAAGACCCAGCACCAGCAGGAGGGCUGCCUGAUCUCAGCCAUUGGCCAGGCUGGACCUUCUUCUUGAGCCCUGAAGAUCCCGCCUGCUGCUUGUGAGCCCAGAUACAGAGGACAACACUGGUAAGAGGUUUCAGGGUUGCCAGAAUGGGUAAUCUGAUUAAGGUGCUAACAAGAGAUAUAGACAGCAAUGCUGGAAAUUUUUUCCUGGAUUUUGAAAACGCACAGCCCACAGAAGCAGAGAAGGAGGUAUGGGACCAAGUCAAUGUGGUCUUGAAGGAUGCACGGGGCAUCCUGGAUGACCUGCAGUCAUAUAAGGGUGCAGGGGAAGCCAUCCGGGAGGCAAUCCAGCAUCCCAACGAUGAGAAUUUGCAGGAGAAGGCAUGGGGAGCCGUGGUUCCUCUGGUUGGAAAGCUGAAAAAAUUCUACGAGUUUUCCUUGAGAUUAGAGGCUGCACUGCACGGCCUCCUGGGGGCGCUCACAAGCACGCGCUAUACGCCCACGCAGCACCUGGAGCGGGAGCAGGCACUCGCCAAGCAGUUUGCUGAGAUCCUGCACUUCACGCUGCGCUUCGACGAGCUCAAGAUGACAAAUCCGGCCAUUCAGAAUGACUUCAGCUACUAUAGGAGGACCUUGAACCGCAUGCGGAUCAAUAAUGUUCCGGCAGAGGGAGAAAACGAAGUCAAUAACGAAUUGGCCAAUCGGAUGUCUCUCUUCUAUGCUGAGGCCACGCCAAUGUUGAAAACAUUAAGCGACGCCACAACAAAGUUUGUCUCGGAAAACAAGAACCUACCCAUAGAGAACACCACAGACUGCUUAAGUACAAUGGCAAGUGUGUGCAAAGUCAUGCUGGAGACACCGGAGUACCGCAGCCGAUUUGCCAGUGAGGAGACAGCCUCUUUUUGCCUCCGUGUCAUGGUGGGGGUCAUCAUCCUCUAUGACUAUGUGCACCCUGUUGGUGCGUUUGCCAAGGGCUCCAAGAUAGAUAUGAGGGGCUGCAUCAAAGUGCUCCGUGACCAGCCACGAAACAGCGUAGAAGGUCUACUAAAUGCUCUCAGGUACACGACAAAACAUUUGAACGAUGAGUCUACCUCCAAGAACAUCAAAGCCAUGUUGCAAUAGCAUCGCCCAUCCCAAAUCACUGCUGGCUAGACACGCUCUUUGGGAGACAGUAUUCUCAAAUGACCGCAAUGCACAGAAUGUUUUUAUAAGAAAAAAUCUACAAAGCGACUGCUUGCCCCAACUGUUUUAUAAAGAAAAUCUUCUUGCUAUUUCAUAUGCGCCAUCUCUUUCUGUGCCAAAAUUGUAUAUGGAAAGAAAUUGCAGAUUUUUUGUUUUUAAUGCUUUCAGAAAGGCCAUGUAUCAAGUGGCAGCUAUUGAUGCAUAAUGUUUCUGGGUGUUUUUUCUUGUGUGAGGGAGAAUAAUUUUGACUUGAAAAUAAAUAUAUAUAUACAUAUAUAAAUAUUAUUUUUGUCUAAUAUUUAAUAUUGCUUCUUCUGCAUGACAGAAUGGUCUCCUUCCUCUAUUUAAGAACUAAUACAUUUUUCUUUGCUUGGUUGUAUGUAAAGUCAAGAAAAAUACCAAUUUUAAAUUAUGUUUUGUCGUAUAAAAGGUACCCAGCACAAUGGAGAUUGAGAAUAGUACUGUUCAUGUUGGAAAUUUUUCAUUAUUUUUUAUAAUUUUGAUUGUUUUUUUU